AUGGCGCAUUCUGAUCACCCUCGUCCUUCCCCAAACCGUGCACGCGAUCUUCGCGAUAGCGGAAACACUAACAUGGAAUCGAUGCUUGCACCGGAUGUCCAGGACUGGCUUAAACUUACCGGCUGGCACGAGAUUGACUAUCGUGAGAAGAAACUAGCAGAUUACCGAAACACUGAUACUGGAGACGAGAAGCAUGAUACAGGCAAGGCUAAAUUAGGCACUGGUCUUAUCAAGAAAGACCUUGACUCUGUUCUUUCUGACAUCCCUCAAGAUUCGGCACCUGCGCGGGUACGUCUCACUGAAUCCGAAGGUCUGAAGGAUAGCAUUGAAGUGCAUCGUGGCAGAGGCAGCAGGAACGUUGUUGUUCCCACGACCCAUGCCCGUUCAGUGUCACCCCUUCGUUUCCACCGCCAUGAACAUGACAAAUACCGUAUUCGCGGUUACUCCCGAGUCUACUAUAAUGAAUACGAUCAGCCUUUGACACCUCGCGGAUCGCCUCUACGUUAUAUUGUCCGGCCGAGCGGCCGUCCUACACACACUACCGAGAGAAUCGAGAACUAUGACAGCCCAAACAGAGAGCGAGUAGAUGAUCAACGAGAUUUGACCCGCGAGAUGAUGCACUUACGCCACCCUAAGCAGCUUGUUCUUGAGGGUAAAGGUGAAGUCUGCUUCUUUGUGAUGAGAUCGUACAGUUGGUCUCAUGUCUACGACUCAAUGGAAGAUGGUUUAUGGGCUACUCAGACUCCCAAUGCGGAGAUUCUAAGCAAGGUCUUUGCCAGCGGCAAGACAGUGGUCCUCUUCUUCGCCGUCAACAAGUCUCACGGGUUUCAGGGCUAUGCCCUCAUGAAGUCACUUCCCUCUGCGGAUAUUCGCCCUAUGUGGUGGUACGGAGUCAAGUGGAACAUCUCGGAGCCAUUCAAGGUUGAGUGGAUUAAUACAAUGCAUGUCGGCAGUAAACAUGUAUUGCAUAUCACAAACCGUCUCAACGAAGACCUUCCGGUUACGCGAGCCCGUAACGGUCAAGAAAUCGACGAAAACGCCGGCCGACAAAUGGUUUGCAUCCUCGAGUCCCGUGGUGUAGAAGAGUACAAGCGAGCCAAACGAAUUGGUUCUCUUUCUAAGUAA